AUGACCCCCGCCCAAAACCACCCCCUUCUCCCAGCUGUGCACCACCACCGCAGCAGCCGCCGCGGACCCGUCCAUCUGCGCCUCGCUCGCGUGCCGUCAUCUCGGCAUCGCCCCAGCCCAGCACGCGCUUUCCGCCGCCACCCUCUCUUCGCUCGCCGCCUCCCUCGUGUCCCGCUGGUGGUUCGCCACCGGCGCCUUCGUCCCGGGCGUCCCUGUGCACUUCCGCAAGGGCUUCACCAAGGUCCACGCCCACGGCGGCGUCGAGCGCGACGUUGCAGAGGACUCCGUCGCCGCCUACGUCUUCGGCCGCCACAAGGACGUCGCCGUCUCCGUCACCGUCCCCGUCGUCACCAUGCACUUCUUCCUCGAGGCCGCGAGUCCAUUCCCCAUGGAGCGCAUGCCUCUGCGCCUCGUCCACGUCUCCAAGACCGCGCCGCGCGAUCGCCGCGCGAUCCGCCCGCCUUCCCGCCGUCGGCCCCCACCCCUGCUCGACGCGCCCGACACACACACGCGCGCGUCGUCGUCAAUGGCUCGACACUGCUCGCGUGUGCCGUGCCCAGCGGCGACCGUGUGCGCGUGCUGGACGUGCACGUGCCGCCGGAGCUGCUGCUGGCCAAACCGCCGCUGAACACGAUGGCCGUGGAGUACGACCCCGCGUCGCGCGCGGCGUACUGGCUCAAGUCUGUCGACGUCGUGCUGUGCAUCCUGCCGCUGCCGCCAAUCGCCGAUGACGCGUGGCGCUUCACGCCGCACGUGCCGGACAUGACGCCCCCGCGGCUGUGGGCAUGCUGGCAGGAGCUGGGGAAUGAGAGCUGGAGAAUGGGAGCUGGAGAAUGGGAGCUGGAGGAUGGGAGCUGGAGGAUGGGAGCUGGAGGAUAG